AUGGGAGUUCUCCGAGGGGAUGGGGUUCCCACAGCCGUUGCUUGGGCAAUAUCUGUAUCGCACUGGGGUAUUAGUUAUGAUGCGAACCCGGAGAGGGGCGGGGUUCUCCGGAUUGAUUACAAUAUGCGAAGUCUGGUUGAUUAUAAGGUGGUUUGUAUGGGUGAUGAGAUAACGGCCGAAUUGUCCUGUCUGUUGUGUAAGGGCGGCGCGUUCGGUAUCUGGCAUCGGCUGUUGUUGCAUAUUCGGGUGGUUGUUGUAUAUUCGGGUGGAUUUCUCUCUCGCGGUAGC